CAUACGCUAGAUAAAGUAGUUAAAGAAGACUUGAAAGAAAUAGAAACCAAAAUCGUAACCCGAAAAGAAAAGAAAGAAGAAUGUCAUCGUUUCGCAGCGAUUCCUCAGGAGCAGCAGAAGCCGUAGCCAAUAUCGAAGAUCUCCUGACUCAGAUCCUUGUGUCGGUGCCAUUACGAUCACUUGCUCGUUUCAAGUGCAUCUCCACGCAUUGGCGCUCUCUUAUCUCCGACCUCCACACCGUCAAGAACCCCAAGAUCUCGACUUUCUUCCCUAGUAAAUUCCAAGACGAGUCCUACGAGUCCAUCCCUCUUGGUAACAGUCAAAUCCCAUCUUGUUGGAAUCCCCUCAAAAUCCUUAACAAUUCAAUCCCUGAUGGAUCCGAGUUGAGGAUUCUUCAGUCCUGCAAUGGCCUCCUUCUCUGCCUUUGCGUGACAACGAAAGAAAGAAGACAUGAUGUCGUAUACGUUUUUAAUCCCACAACCAACCAAUUCCGGGCUAUUUCUUCUCCAAGGGUUAGGGAAAACAUGUCCUUAUCUGCUUUUACACAUUAUGCUUUGGCUUUUGAUCCUUGCAAAUCACCUCAUUACAAGGUGAUCUGCGUGAGUAACUUCUUCUAUUGUUAUGACAGGGGGCACCACCAAAUAGAUAUAUAUUCAUCUGAGACUGGAGAGUGGAAGCAUCUCGAUACUCCUUUCUUCCCAAGCCCCUUGCACUUUAACAGGAUCAGGGAAGGCGCCGUAUACUGCAACGGCGCAGUUCAUUGGAUGAGAAACGUAGGGGGAAACUUGUCAUUCAGUGAUGCUAGGAAUGAAUUCAUAAGACACGAAACUGAUGUGCUGCACUACUUUGACAUAGGCCAAGAACGUCUGGGACUCGUGUCUGCUACCCCUCCUAUCCCUUUGGUUGUCAGAAACAUUCCGUUAAAGGAUUCCGGUAAGUCUCCCACUGAAUGGCCGACAUUCGAUCAAAGAUAUUUUGGGGAGUCUGGUGGCCAUUUGUAUUUAAUUGAGACUUAUAAGCAUUGUAAGACCCAAUUUGAUGUGAUGGAGAUGGAGAGGGACUACUCUGGCUGGUUUGUCAAGUAUCAUGUUGAUCUUAAUCCAUUAUUCACAGCUCUUCCUAGUUCGAAUGAUUCUGUCAUCUUGUGCCUUUCUCAAGAGAAGGAAAAACAUAAUGAGGAGGAUUCUUCAGCUGAUCUUUUGUUGCAUAUGCCAGGUAAGGUCAUAUCUUAUAAUCUGAGGAAUAAGACCUUCAAGACAUCUGUUGUUGAGUCGGCCAAUGAAAAACUUUUUUUUGAUAUAGAUAGUCGAUUCUUUUGUAGUGAGGUUGUUAUGUAUCCUUACAUGGAGAGUUUAGCUUGUGUGGGACGAUAGAAUCUAUAUAUAUUCCAUAUAA